CAUCUACAUUUCAUGUCUUUCAGCGAGGAUGCAAGGCCACUGCGGCCAGCGCGGUAUGAAGGAGAAGAUACCAGCGUAACAAGCAAGGUUGAGUUGCGCGGAUGGUACACGUACGCAGUCGCCGCUGAGGUCUUUGCGGUUUGCGGCACCGGCUCAUUCCUUCCGGUCACAAUGGAGCAGCUUGCUCGAGAGGGAGGAGUGCUUUGGUCCGAUCGCAAUUCGUCUUGCGUCUCUAAGGCCUCCGAUAGCAAUGCUGCGGGUACACCUUCAAGAAUUGCUGCGCGAGAUUCGACCAACCAAUGCGUUGUCACUAUUCUUGGAUCAGAAGUUACGUCGUCCAGCUUUGUCAUGUAUACUUUCUCCAUUGCCGUGCUAGUGCAAGCGAUUGCAAUGAUAUCCUUCAGCUCAUUUGCAGAUCAUGGCCCGUAUCGUAAGAGGAUGCUCCUCGCAUUUGGUUUCACCGGCGGCGUUACAAGCAUGUUAUUUCUAUUCAUGACCUCCAACACCCUGGUCCUAGCGUCUUUCCUGGUCGUGAUAGGCAUUACCUGCCUCGGGUCCUCGUUUACAUUACUCAACUCCUUUCUACCGCUUCUCGCCUCCAAUCAUCCUCUCGUGAGAGGUCGAAGGUCAUCGGAUGUAGCCUUGGAUUCAUUACCUUCGAAUGGAAGCCGGUCACGGUCCGGGGGCCGCCUUGGAGGGCCACGCAGGUCGGUUUCGAACGAAAGCAGCGCCUACUCUACGAAGAAAGCAUCCUUAGAACUUCAGCUCUCUGGUCAGAUCUCCUCCAAGGGCGUAGGAAUCGGCUAUAUUGCCGCCGUUUUUGUUCAAUGUCUCAGUAUCGGGCUUCUUUUUGGACUAUCGAAGACGUCUCUCGCUGCCUCUUCAACUACCAUACUUCUUAGAAUGGUCUUGUUUUUGGUAGGGGCUUGGUGGGUUGGAUUCACUAUUCCGACAGCAUACUGGCUUCGCUCGCGUCCUGGUCCACCUCUGGAGGCCGCUGUGGCUGGACGCGGAGUAGUUGGCCGAUCGACCUUCGCAUAUGUAGGAUUCGCCUGGAUGUCUGUUUGGAGGACCUUCCGAGAGGCUAUCAGGCUGCGGCAGGUACUCUUGUUUCUCAUCGCAUGGUUUCUUCUUUCUGACGCGGUGGCCACCGUGUCCGCCACGGCCAUUCUAUUCGCAAGGACUGAGCUACAUAUGAGCACUGUGGAGGUAGCCAUACUCUCGAUUACUUCAACCUCAUCCGGCAUCCUUGGUGCGUUCAGUUGGCCAAAGCUAUCCCGAAGAUUUGGGCUCCAAACAAAUCACACCAUCAUCGCUUGCACUAUUCUCAUGGAGAUUAUUCCCCUCUACGGGCUUUCAGGAUACCUUUCCUUCAUCCAGAAGUUGGGAGUCGGGGGCUUUCAGAAUUCAUGGGAGAUUUUUCCUCUCGGGGUUAUACAUGGGUUCGUCAUGGGCGGACUGUCAUCCUACUGUCGGUCUUUCUUCGGUCUUCUCAUCCCGCCGGGCAGAGAGGCAGCUUUCUACGCUCUCUAUGCAGUCACCGAUAAGGGCAGUUCCGCGGUCGGCCCCGCGGUUGUAGGGAAGAUCGUAGACUCAUUUGGCACCAUCCGUCCAGCUUUCGUCUUCUUGGCAAUUUUGGUUCUUCUUCCAAGUCCACUAAUAUGGAUGAUUGAUGUAGAGAAGGGUCGGUCUGAUGCUAUGAAGUCUUCAAGAGUGAACAAGAGCCAAAGCGGCGACUACAGCGGUUUGCAAAGUGAUGUGGACGAAUGGGAAUUGUCCGAUGUCGAUUCGAAGGAUGAAGACGAUGACGACACUUACGAAGGUGAAUCUCAAGAAGCAGCACGAUUGAUGAAGCGAAGUUAGCCAUUGGAUACCUCGACUUGAUUUGCGUAGUUCGCUGGUCUCCACUGUGUAUAUAGCAUGAAUCCCGAAUGACACCUUCGACGCUUUCACUUCUGAGG